AUGAUUCCAACCGUUCAACACCUUUUCAAUACCAUACAUUCUCUCUCCACAGCGAGGAUCACCUUCUGGCCAGACUCAUCGUGUAUGAUUCAGUCGCAGCGCAGAGAAGUAUCGGUCAAGAUGCCAUUCUCUUCAGGUGCACGCCGCUUGAGGAUUGGCUCAGGCAGGAAGAGAUGCUUUCUCGGUGCAGCCACCGUCACCUUCACUACUAUGUUCGUCGCGCGAAACAGUAUAUCUACAAUCACGAGCCGUCAAAUAUCAGAUAUCAAGGAGAGCAUCAUGCGGCUGCGACGCCACGGCUACCAGUGGCACUCGCUGCCAGGAGGACUCGACUUCGUCACGGGCCCAAAGGAAGACACCGAGACAAAAGAGAGAAAGUCAAAGGAGGAACCAGCAGAGACCGCAUUGGAACACAAAACUGGAAAGAAGUUCAGAACGAAGAACGCAUGCGCGUAG